UUCGUGCCAUUUUAGGGCUGCAUGACAUCGCUGGCAGUGGAAGAUGAGCUCAACUGUAAUGCUUCCUGUCGACAUCUAAUGAAUUGUUUUGAACAGAUUGGUAGCUGAAGACAUUCAUUAUAUGUGUCACUUGGAGAAAGAUGAUAAUGGCAGAUGACAAGGAUGUGCUUCGAGAUGUUUGGUUUGGAAGGAUACCCGCCUGCUUCACACUGUCUCCAGAGGAAACCACAGAGAGAGAGGCAGAACCAUACUAUCUGCUCCUCCCACGGGUCAGUUACCUGACACUAGUCACUGAUAAAGUCAAGAAACAUUUUCUCAAAGUCAUGAAGGCAGAGGAUGUGGAGGAAAUGUGGUUUGAACACGAGGGAACGGCUCUUAAAUGGCACUAUCCCAUUGGUGUGUUGUUUGACCUUCAUGCUUCAAACUCCGCUCUGCCCUGGAACAUCACAGUGUACUUCAAGAAGUUCCCAGAACAAGACUUGCUUCACUGCCCAACAAACUCUGUGAUAGAAGCACAUUUCAUGUCUUGCAUUAAAGAGGCUGAUGCACUUAAACACAAAGGCCAAGUCAUCAAUGACAUGCAGAAGAAAGAUCAUAAACAACUGUGGAUGGGUCUGCAAAAUGAUAAAUUCGACCAGUUCUGGGCCAUGAAUCGCAAACUCAUGGAGUAUCCCACCGAAGAGGGAGGCUUCCGGUAUAUUCCCUUUAGAAUAUAUCAGACUAUGAGUGACAGACCAUUCAUCCAGACGCUCUUCCGACCAGUGUCUUCUGAAGGCCAAGCGCUUACACUGGGAGACCUGCUGAAGGAGCUGUUUCCUGCUGCCAUUGAGGAUGAGCCAAAGAAAUUCCAGGUUAUGAUUCACGGCAUUGAACCCCUGCUAGAGACGCCCAUCCAGUGGUUGAGCGAACACUUGAGCCACCCCGACAACUUUCUCCACAUCAGCAUCAUCCCAGCACCGAGUGACUGAUUCCAGAUGAUCCAACUGUGAUGAUGGAGAAGCACGGGUAAAAGAAAGGCAAAGACAGUCUGAUGGCACAUCAUUCCUUCCUGUUUUUCUCAUUCUCAUCCCUGCAGUGGCCUUAUUGGGAGCGAUGGUCAUCCAAACAGAAUCACAUAAAGAAGACACUUUUAAAAAAGAAUUCAUUUAGAGCUCUCACAUGGGGGUCCCGUGUUCUUUGCUGCCUUUAAAAAAAAUUCUUACAUUCAUACAUUUGCACAAGCUUGAUGUGAUUGUACUCCCACAUUAACACUCCCGCUCUCUAAUUUGUGAGCGACCUACGUUUAGACUCUCAGAUCUGUUAAUUAUUAGGCGGGAUCCCGUUUGGUGUUUAAUGAGGCCACUAAACAGCUGUACUUAGUGCUAAAGGGGACUGAUUAUCAAUGGGUUUUAUGGAUGCAGUCGGGUCAGAUGAAGUGUGAAACGAAUGGAAUUCUCGCGUAAAACUUUAAUCGAGAAAAAAACGGGGAUUUGAGGGGACAAAUUUUGGUGACUUCAUAUAUACCGGAUCAAAUGUGUCAGUGUGUCUGGUUUUGGCAGCCUUGCAGGGGGUCACACAGCUCAGCGGAGGUGAUGAUGAUGCCACGGGAUGAUUAGUCACAGGGGAUAACAACACAAACGAAGUCUCUCUUUCCCGGACUCCUUUAGGGAUAUGGUUUACUUUCUUCUAAUGAUUUUUUUCUGCUAGUUUUGUUCAUUCUGAGCCAAAUUUUGAUCAUCGAAAUGGACACGCUGCAUAAGAAGUAAGUCAGAAACUACACACACUUACUUUCCAACGAAUUAACCUUACAGUGUUUUCAUUUUCUUUAACCGUUUAUUUACAACCUGUAGGCAGACUGGCUGUCUGUGUUUAGGGGGGAUGUGGGGGACUGUAGAUCAGUGCAGCAGACGACACACAGCUGAGAGUGAUUAUUCGUUUAGAGGAAUCAGUGAGUGUUUUACCCCCAGACCGAGACAGAGAGACAGCGGGCAGAAACCGCAGAGCUUACGCCACCACCAGGCGGAUUCUCGGCAGACUGUUCUUGGGACAAUGCUGUUUGUGUACAAACUUUCAGACGUUUAUAUCAUUCCUCGUGUGACUCUGAGUUAGUACAGAAAUAGAGAUGCUGCAACUAUGUCACUAUUAAUAACACGGUUAACACGAAGAUGGUUCAAAUGUGCUUACGCGUUCUUUUCAUGCUAUUCUGUCUUUGCUAGAUUAAUUUAAAAUGCAUUUAAUUAAAAUGAUAUUUUAUAACUA